CAGUAUGGCCGGCGACAUUAGCUAGCACUCGCUCACAGUAUUCUCUGUAAAGGGGAAGACCGUAAAACCAAGAAACUACAUCUGGAUUGCUAAAGGACUGUACCUAGACAAUAAAUUAUAACUAUCAAGCAAGGACUAAUUAAGUUGAGAAAAAUAACCAACGUAUAAUUUCUGUUGUUGGUGUCUGUUGUCUCACGAUGGAAGAGAACGGUGCACACUUCUUCGAAGGGACCGAGAAGCUGUUGGAGGUGUGGUUCUCCCGGCAAGAUGAGACCAAAGGAACUGGGGACCUCCGCACCAUCCCAAGGUUUGAGUGGGACAAACUUCUGGAGAAUGUGCAUUGUUUGAUCAUUAGUGUGACAAAAACUGACAAGCAGGAAGCUUAUAUACUCAGUGAGAGUAGCAUGUUUGUCUCCAAGAGACGUUUCAUUUUGAAGACAUGUGGUACCACCCUCUUACUUCAAGCGCUGGUGCCCCUGCUGGAGCUCGCCAGAGAGUACUGCGGCUUUGAUGCCAUCGAGAAUUUCUUCUAUUCUCGCAAGAACUUCAUGAAGCCCAGCCAUCAGGAGUUCCCUCACCGGAAUUUCCAGGAGGAAGUGGAUUUUCUGAGCCAGAUUUUUCCAAACGGAGCAGCCUACUGUAUGGGUCGUUUGAAUUCUGACUGCUGGUACCUUUUUACUCUGGAUCUGCCAGAGUUCUGGGAGAACAAGCAUGCGGAUCAGACCCUGGAAGUUCUGAUGAGUGAUCUCGACCCAGCGGUGAUGGACCAGUUCUACAUGAAAGACGGUGUUUCUGCAAAUGAUGUCACUCGUAUGAGUGGAAUUCGUGACCUGAUCCCAGGUUCUGUGAUUGAUGCCACAAUGUUCAACCCUUGUGGAUAUUCCAUGAAUGGAAUGAAAACAGAUGGAACUUACUGGACAAUCCACAUCACUCCAGAGCCAGAGUUCUCUUACGUUAGCUUUGAAACCAACCUCUCCCAAACUUCCUAUGAAGAUCUCAUCCGCAAGGUUGUGGAUGUCUUCCAGCCAGGGAAAUUUGUGACUACGCUUUUUGUCAACCAGAGCUCCAAGUGUCGCAGUGUUUUCUCCUCCGCCCAGAAACUCGAGGGCUACAAGCGCCUGGAUCGCCAGUUGGCCCAGUUCAACGAUUACAAUUUUGUUUUUAACAGUUACGCCAAGAACCGCCAGCAGAACCAGCAGAGCUGAACGAGAGAAAUGAAGAAAAAGCGUAAAAAGAAAGCCGGCCGCCGAGAGCGAUUGCUCGGCCGCCGUCUUCCUCCUCCUCCUCCUCCUCCUUCUAUUUCUUCUGUUCUUCUGACAUUCUGUGACGAGGUUCUUGGCCAUGAUAAGGAUGAUAGCACCUCGGCCAAGAGGUUUAGUUUCCCCCUGUCCAGUUUGAAUCGUAUGCCUACUACUUGUACCUAUGACUUAGCCCUCUUGCAUGAAAGCUCCCCUGUUCGUGUAGAUAUCCUAGCUCACUCUUGCUGUGAUCUUGAAGUGCAUGUAGAGGAAUUACAGCAGCUGGUUUGGAGGCGGUGGGCAAGAGGGCGAGGGCAUCGCCCUCCUUUCUGCCACCACCGGCCCUUCCUGCAGGUGUCCCCCCUCAUCCCCCACAGACAAGGCUUCCGUGCUCACUAGGCCUGUACCCUGGCAUGCUGAGAUUGGGCCCCAGACUGCUAACGCGUGUUGUGUGGGUCCACCCAACCCCUCCGCCUCGCAGUUCUCCAUGACCACCUCCUCUUUCUUCUCCUACCGCUCUGUCUCGAGCUCAAACUCACUGUGCAAAAAUAAAUAACCCCUCCGGAUGAAGCAUCUUUGCCAUAAUUAGGGCAGGGCAGGGUUAGUUUAGCUUGUCCCCCCACCCCCCCCUCUCCCUGUGUGGUGUGGUUGUUACUUGUUAACAGGGUUCCUCUAACCAUGACACUCGUAGCACGCUACAGGGAUAGCGAUUUGACUUUUCACUUAAACUACAUCCAUUUACCACCCAUGUAAAAAUGAAAAUCUUCAAGGCAAAUAAAAAUGAGUUGAAUAUCAAAAUAAAUAAAUAAAAUUUGCAUAAUAAAUAAUAUGUUUAAAUAUCAAAAUAAAUACAUAUAAAUUUGCGUAAUAAAUAAUACACUUAUUGAACAGUUAUUUAACAGCUUGUCUGCCUUAGCCUGACAAUUGGCUAAAUUAAUCUGACAAUUGCCUUAGCCUGACAAUUGGCUAAAAAUAAACUGCUUUUCAGGGCACCAGUCACCGAAUUGAAACAUAGCUUGUGUUUGGUUGGUCAGCUAGAUAGAUGUGCAAUGUAUACGAAUGGCUUGCACUUUUAAGCCAACGGUCAGGCCAGUAGAACGAGGAUGUAGUCCACCCCUCAUUAGAGAUUUCACCACUAAUCUGUGGUUAUGCAAUUUGCUGAUAAGUCACAGGUGUCCACCACUAACUGUUGGGUAGUUUUCAGUUCAGGUGUUUCUGUUCCGGUCCAAAUUGAAUGUAGAUGUUUUAAAAAAAAAAAAACAACUAAUAAAAAAAACAACUUUAGGCGUUUGAAUGUAGUUUCAUUUGAAAACUGAAAUCUGGAAGGUCCUAGUUGGCCUUUUCUGAAGAAUGUUUAUGUGCUGAGGACACCUUAGGUGUGGGCCCUACCUAUAGCCUCACCAAAUGCCACUGCACUUAUUGUUUGAAGGGAGGUAGAUGGGUGUGGGGUCUCGCCCCCUGCCCUCACCACCCCCACCCCACCACCACCCUCUCCGAAUGAUGCUUGACCACCGCUGUGCGACUGCCCUCCACAUCGUAAUUGUCAGUGCGCUCAAUGAAUUGGGACUCUUUUGCUUAGACCAGCGCUAGCCCAGCAAAGCACUUUCUCUUUCGCUAAACAAUGUCUGUCCACCUCUGACCUCUGACCUCUGACCUGUCGCCCUCUUGUUGCCAUCACUUCUCUUUCGGUGUGUGUCGCUUUCCCCCUCCCGUACAUAAAUUGGUGACCAACACAAUGGGUUACAACCAAUCUGAGCAUGCCAGGGUCAUCCCGGAUCAUUCCACACUAAACUGUUGCAUAAACUGCCGUUUUAUUAAUUUUAUUGUGCACAGACAGUUUUUUUUUUUUUUUUUUUCCUCCCUGCCCCACUGUCAUGAACAGGUCCCCCAAAUGUGACUCCACUGCACUUUUUUUGGAGUUCGCAUCAAUGCCCCUUUUGUUUACGUUGACGGAAAGAUCCUGUGUUCCAAUGGUGCAUGUGACUACUAGUGCUGUAUUGCUUGACAGUUGUAUGUGCUGCAUUUCUCGUUCCUCAUGUAUAAGUAAAAAAAGAGAAAGAAAAGGAAAAAUAAUUCAAAUCAGUGUCCUUUUUCCUCACUUGUUAAGUUACAUAAAAAUGUAUAAAAAGAGAAAAAAAACUGUAGAUGAUAGGAUCGGGGCAUCCUGAUAAUGUUUUGAGAACAGGUGGUGACUCCUUCCUGAUAUAUAUAUUUUUUUUUUCUUUCUUUUUUGAUUAUUCCCAUCUAAAGUGCUGAAAGCAGGUCUGACUAUUCAGUUGGUUGUUGAAACAAACCCGUGUGGGCUUUUGUCAUUCGAUUGCAGUUUUGCUGAAAGGCAUUUUGAAGAGGGGACUGUUCUUUUCCAUUGGCCAGUCAGUAGUCUUCAUGAAGCUUCUCCUGCCAGAGAUUGCAGACUGAGUGGUGAAAUUUGCUGACUUGAGAGCAGGAGAGGAGACCGGUUUUUAGUGGAGUUGAGUAGGAGAGUUGGAGACUCAAGCCCUGAACUGCUUUCAGCACUGCGGGAUAUUUUUCAAAUGUAUUUUUAUUUGAAAAGGAUAGGAAUGCGUUUUAGGUAGAGGUGGGAGAGAGAGCGAGAACACGGAUAAGCUCCUAUAAGACUCUGAAAGGAUGCGAGUUGCACACUGUUGAAACCGACACAGACUUAGUUUCUGAAGAAGAAUGUGAUGUUACAAGUGGACCACUUCAAUGGAGCAACACAUUCGCAAGGCAAGGACCUGUGCAAUGUUGACAAUUGGCAAAGUCUCCUCCAGUAAGGCCUGUUGUGGAUUGAGGAGUGGGUUUUGUUCAAUUUUCACUUUUGCCAGAGGACCAACAAGCCAGCUCUUUGCCUUCCGAUUGCGUUAGGCUUCAGUAUCGCCAUAGUUAGAGGCAGCCAUAGUUCUAUAGGAGCGUAUGUUGUACUAGCGAGGACAUUAGCAUAAGCACUGUCAAACACAAGAUUUUAUUUUCUGGAUGAAGUCAUAUUUUGGAGCGAAAGUUUGAGAAGUGGAUAAUUCAAGUUGACGAAGUUUGGAGCAUUAUGGGGUUUUUUUGUUUUGUUUACUUUCUAAAUAUACAAGAUGACUAAUGACAUUUUUUGCAGUCAAGCUAUUUUUUUACAAUACAUUUUUGUAAGGGAUGCGUUUCUGCUGCGGACCAAUAACAUAGGGUUUUUUUUGUCUAUUUUUUUAUUUUGGAUGUUAAAAACCAGUGUUCCAAACUUUAAUUUGUUCUGAAGUUAAGCGGCUAGAUAAUCAAAAUCAUGUUUUUUUUUUUCCUCCUUCUCUGCCUUCCCCUGGUGUCGUUGAGAUCCCUGGGAAAGGCAGAAACCACCAGCCUCCUCUCCCGUGAGGAAGGGCGCCAUGACAGGAUUUGGUAUCAGGAUGUGUCGAAGGGAAGACUUUGCUGUUCUAAUUCUCUUGCUAUUCUCUGCUUGGUCAAGAUGUGCUAAAUAUAUCUGUACUGAGCUUGAUGCUUUAAUAAAAAAGAAAAUAAAAAUC